AUGGCGUCUCUCCUCAGCACAGCACGCCGCGCGCGGUCGUCGGUUGCGCGCCCGGCUGCACAGGCGCUGCGCAGGCAGUAUGCGUCUGCUGGCGCGGCGGCCGUGUCGCCAGAAGCAAGCGAGCAGGCCUUCUUCCCUGACGAGCCCAGGCAGCCUAUUAUCAAGACGCAGAUGCCAGGCCCUAAGAGUAGGGCGGCAAUUGAGCGGCUCGGCAAGGUCACGGACACGCGCAGCCUGAACAUGAUGGCCAAUUACCAGCAGAGCUACGGCAACUACAUUGCCGACCUCGACGGCAACGUGCUCCUCGACGUGUACGCGCAGAUUGCGUCAAUUCCCGUGGGCUACAACAACGCGGCCCUGCAGCUCGCCGCGACGUCGCCCGAGAUGGCGUCGGCGCUGAUCAACCGCCCGGCGCUCGGCAACUUCCCGCAGCACGACUGGGCCGACAUCCUCGAGACGGGCAUCCUUGCCGUCGCGCCCAAGGGCCUCAAUCAGGUCUUCACCGCUCAGGCCGGAUCCGACGCCAAUGAGCUCGCGUACAAGGCCGCCUUCAUGUGGAAGCGCCAGCAGGAGCGCGGCAGCUACGACGCCGACUUCUCUGCCGCCGACGUGGCCUCGGCCAUGGACAACCAGGCGCCCGGCGCCCCGGACAUGUCCAUCAUGUCCUUCAGCAAGGGCUUCCACGGCCGCCUCUUCGGCAGCCUGUCCACGACCCGCUCCAAGCCCAUCCACAAGCUCGACAUCCCGGCCUUCGACUGGCCCCAGGCGCCCUUCCCCGCCCUGCAGUACCCGCUCGCCGACUUUGCCGCCGAGAACGCCGCCGAGGAGCAGCGCUGCCUCGCCGAGACGGAGCGCCUGAUCCGCGAGUUCCCUAAGCCCGUCGCCGCCGUCGUCGUCGAGCCCAUCCAGUCCGAGGGCGGCGACAACCACGCCUCGCCCGCCUUCUUCCAGGGGCUGCGCGACAUCACGGCCCGCAACAACGUGCUACUCAUUGUCGACGAGGUGCAGACGGGCGUCGGCGCGACGGGCAGGUUCUGGGCACACGACCACUGGAACCUCGCCUCCCCGCCGGAUAUGGUGACGUUCAGCAAGAAGGCCCAGACGGCGGGCUACUACUACGGCAACGACGCGCUGCGGCCCAACAAGCCCUACCGCCAGUUCAACACGUGGAUGGGUGAUCCUGCGCGCGCCAUCCUGUUCCGCGCCAUCAUCCGCGAGAUCGAGCGCCUCGACCUCGUCGCCCACACUGCCGCCACCGGCGACUAUCUCUACGCCGGCCUCCAGCGCCUGGCCGAGCGCUACCCGGGGGACAUCCAGAACCUGCGCGGACAGGGCCAGGGCACGUUUAUUGCCUGGGACACGCCGCGCCGCGAUGAGAUACUCAAGACCGCCAAGGCGCACGGUGUGAAUAUCGGCGGUAGCGGUGCGCACGCGGUGCGCCUCAGGCCUAUGCUGAUCUUCCAGAGACACCACGCGGAUCUGCUGCUGGAGAGGCUGGAGGCUAUUCUGAAGCAGUGA